AUGACCAUUGAAUACUUCGUCUUUGGGACUUUAUGGAUAGUUAUUCCAACACGAACAAUUAAUGAAUUAGGUACAAUUCCAUUCUUUUGUCCAAUGGAUUAUGAUUAUAAAUUUCCUCAACUUCGUUCAGUAUGUCAAAUAAGAACGACGAAUUUGGUAUUCAUGUGGAUAACUUCAAUUUCCAUUUUGCUUGCGUGGAUUUGGACGGUGCUUCCUGAAUUACUCACUCCUAAGGAGGAUGAUGAUGAGAAUUAUGGCGAAAAAGGAAAAGCAUAG